AUGGUGUUGACUAAGACCAACCCUGUUGGGCCUGUCACCCUGCCCACGCCUGUCCCCUCUUCCAUCCCUAGCGUGUCCUUGCCUGGACACCCUCGAGGCACACCAGCCUACACCACCCGUCUCCUACAGGAGGUUCGAGGACAGAUGUAG